AGGGAUUAUUUGUACGAAAGUCUUAUCCCCUCUAGUACUCUCUUUAUGAUGUUAACAUUGCCGUAUCAAAAAUACUUGCAGUUUUCUCUCUAGUACCACUGACAAAACAAUUUCAAGAAGUAGGCACAUAUACCAACCAUUCCGACUGGUUUUAAACUCUUUAUGGAACUUUGUUUUUCUUUUUCAAUUGGAUCGCGAUCGAGGGAUAAGAACUCAGGUGAAAAAUGAAAUGUCGAAACAGUACAACGAUGUGCAAAUAAACGAGAAAAAGAGGUCGAAAUAUUGAAACCUACUAUCGAUUUGUCGAACCGCAUCUCCAAGCCGGGCGAGGACCAGGUGAAGAAAUUUCGCCAGAUAUUACAAUGAAAAAUGCCCCCUCCCCAUAUCAAACCGAAAAUCUGUGAUGCAGAUUUGUGGUCACAAAUCAGCUUUGUGAUGCUAGAAGGCAAAAGAUGCGGACUGUAGUGCUGCCUAGCGUGGGAAAGCCUUGCAGCUCCAGGAUGACAGGAGGGAACUCGAAGUGGGGAACAGCAUGACAGAUUGCCUGCAAUUUAGGCCGCAGCUUCGUCUCUUGGCCUUCUAGCAAUACAAGUCGAUUUGUGUGCUCAAAUACAGCAUCACAAAUUCGCGCAGCUUCCGCUUCUGAUAUGGGGUGGGGGCUUUUUUCAUUUUGAUACCAGAGAAAGCAGGAUGAAGCUCACACAAACGCUCAAGUUGGUCCUGGUCGCGCACCUUUUAUUCAGCGGAAAAUGUUCCCCGCUCGAGGCCUUAAGAUGAGACUCAGCCACGCGGGUCCGGGAUUUUUCAUCAAAAGAAUGUGACCGCGGCCAGUAGUAAGUAUUGUAGAACACCAGUUCGAAAUAUAUAUAAACAGAAAGGACGACGCGAAAAGUUUGUAUACAGAGCUCGCGUGGUGGCCCGCCGUUCUUCAAAUUCAAAUUCUUGAGAUCUCAAAGAAGAACUUCGUGGCAGCAGGGAAGAUUUUCAACCUCACUUCACGUGGCUCCCGGUCUCGUAUCACACCGCGGAUUUUCCAUUCUCCAAGUCGAGGCCGUCCAGGAGAAGGAAUCGAUAUCGCAGAAAACGAUGCUAGCACGCUGUAGUGUUUUUUGAUGCAAAUUAUGUAUGAAAAAGUAAAAGCGUAACUCAAAGGGAAGAUGGAAAAGGAAAUGACAUCAGGGUUGCACAGCAUGAACAACAUGCCCAGUCCUCCCGCAUAAAGCGCUGUCCUUUCCAGCAUAUUCUCUUUGGCAUUAUGAUUAUGGCAUAAAUAUUAUGGUGCGCCAGCUGCUUUUUUUCUGUGCGAUGAUGGAAAACAGAAACUGAAACUGGCGGAUGGUUUUCGUGGUUUUCGCGUGGCAGCAGCAGUGAGAAGGAGUCCUCCAAAAAAAAACCCGUAGAUUCCGCAUCCAAACUACCAGCCACUGAACCAGCUAAAGCCACAGAAACUGAAGGUGGCGGAUGGUGGCCCACAAGACGGUCAUGGUUUUCGUCUGGCACGGACCACAAGAGCGACGAACCCAAAAACCGUCAAAAAACCGAUGGUAGUACCGCAUCCGCACCGGCCGCUAAGGCCGACCAGGGCUCUAUUUUUGGUCGCGCUAAAGCCACAGUGGGCGGUUUGCUCUCGCGGGCACAGAAUUUUUUGAGGGGAGGUGGUGGAAGUGUAUCGCACCAGAAGGAGGAAAUGGCGACCGCCACUUCUUCUCGUGCCUUAGUGCCGGUGGUCGACGACCUCAGCACACACGAAGAUUGGACCUGCCUCCCCAUCGAGCCUCUUCCUUCGACGAGUAUCAAAUGCAAAUAUGUCUGGGUCUGGAAGAAUGCAGAAGCUUGUCAUGCAGAUUUUCCAGGACCCAUGAGGUCUGUGAUGCAUGCCCUAGCAUCAGAGACUCUGCGAGGGCUUUCUGAUGCUCAUACCGCAUGAGAAAUGCCCUCUCCGCGUAGCACAAAUUGCGCCUCUUAUGCUGUUCAUGCAAUACAGAUUUUAUGUAGAGUCCAAAAGUAGCAUCACAAGUUCCAGCUUUCCAGACCCAGAUAUUUUUGCAAUACAUAACGAGAAUGCGGAAGAAAGACUGGACGCGCGUGAACGAGGGCAACUACCUUAAAGUGGGAUCCAGGAACAAGCUGACAGUUGACGUCGUGAUUGCAGAGCGGGACACGGGCAUUAUUGAAAGGCCGUUGCUCGAGUUCAUACGAAACACCGCUCUGUAUGGAGAGAAAAAAGUUUGUCACAGUCACUAACUUGCAGGUUUUGCAUUACAAAUCUUCUCAGCAUCACAAACUUUUCUUGUAUUGCAGAAACACUAGGGAAAUCCCUAACGAAGUUUGGCUGUGAUGCAUUUUUACGCAUGACAAACAAUUUUGUAUUGCAAGAAUGCGCAUGAGUGAUCGUGACGAACUUUUUUUCUUUGAUACUCUGCCGGCUGCUGUUAACGUUGGCAUCGCGUCGGCCGCCCACGUUGUUGUUCCCGCCAUUAGCGUAUCAAAAGUAAAAAUGUCUGGAUCUGGAAACUUGUGAUGCUGGGUGGCGUCUCAUGAUGAGGCUACAAAUGCUGCUCCAGCAUGACAAGUUUCUGAGCUCCUAGGUAUUGCCUAUUCUGCAUGACAAACUGCGCUUCUGCAUCACAGAAAAACGGAGCUCUUGGGUAACCUGCAUGACAGAUUUAAGAGUCAUGCCAGACAAGCAUGACAAACGUGAAUUCUUCCAGACCCAGACAUUUUUACAUUUGAUAUAGCGUUGGCGCCCUGAUCGGCACUGCCGUGUUUCCCUUCGCACCUCUUGCCGCUCUUGCCACGACGGCGGCAAACACGGGGCUACGUAAUCUGGUCAAAACCACGGGAACGAGGAUCGCCGUCAAAGUCGGGCAGAAAAAUCUGGACAAAACACUGGGAUCUGAAAGCGGGACAUACAGAAAGCGGAUCGCCGUUUACAACGACGGUGUCCCAGUCCACGUGAUUGAAGCGGACAACAGCAAAAUGAGCCAGGGGCGGAUCGGGUUUUUCAUUUUCGGCAAUGCUGACGAACAAGUUACGCGGCCCGCAUGGGAGGGCAGUAUGGUUGACCACAUGCACGUUUUGGCGCAUUGCGAAGGGGAAAACUUAAAAUACCAAAAAGCACGAGGCGCCGGCGGUUGUACUGGGGUGCCAGUCAUGUUGCCCGUCUGGUAUGCAACGAAGGAGGUGUUCACGAACUUGGAAGUCUAUUCGCUGUACAAGAUCACGAUGCGGGAAGAGGAGCAAAAGCAAGAACCCGAAAAAGAACGUGCUGACGAAGAAGUUGACAUCGCUGACAUCAUCAACGCGCCGAAACCUCAAAGCGAGCGACUUAUCGUAAAGGAAAUCGCAGCCACACCCAGUUACAUUCUUGAAGGAAGGACGAAUGGAGCGCUCGUUCGCUACGUAUCACCGGACGAGGACUCAGGUGUGGUUCCUGUAUCAAGCAACGGGCCGGAGGACGAUCAAGCCCAAAAAGUGCUAGACGAAACAAGGAGAACGUUGCGACAAACCUCCUGGCUACGCACACGUCUUACAAAACUCCUGUACCAAAUGCAAAAAUGUCUGGGUCUGGAAGGGUUGGAACUUGUGAUGCAAACUUUGGAACACACAAAAAUUUGUGCUGCAUGAGCGCCAAAAGCUGUCCAUUUCUUGGCACGCAAGUAGGAAGUUUCUCAUGCGGGACAGGCAUCAUGAGGCGUGCUCAAAACCUGUGAUGCUUUUGCCUGCAUCAGACGCCACUUGCGUGAUCCGAAAUAUGCAUGACAAAUCUCAGAAUCUUCCAGACCCAGACAUUUUUACAUUUGAUAUCCUGAGCGAUGAGGCAAAUGUGGUUGCAGUCUUUCAGGGCCGCGACUUUCCGGAGGUGGGUCCCAUAUCAACUGCAAAAAUGUCUGGGUCUGGAAGGAUGUAACCUGUGAUGCGCAUUUCAGAACACGCGAAAAUCUCUCAUGCAUAGGUAGCAAAAGCUACUCACUUUCUGUCACCAAAAUGUGGGAUUUGUCAUGCGGGUUCGGCAUUGCGAAAGCUUCUCGAGACCUGUGAUGCUAGAGCUUCCAUGCCAGACCUUCUGUGUCAUGCAGAAACAGCAUGACUCUUCCAGACCCAGACACUUUUACAGUUGAUAUCCCAUGACGGAUGACAAAGCUGGCGCCGAUGCAAAGUCCCUGCCGGAAACAAAACAAGGCCAAGAACCUGUCCCAGGUCUCCUUGUAAAAAUAAAAAAUUUUCCGCAAAACACGCUGGAAGAACAUACCAAGGCCGCAAUCAAUCUGGUAACCGUCUGGGACAAGACGAAUUCACGAAAGAAGAAGUCCGGGCAAGCGGGCAUCGUGAAUUUUUUCCGACGCGUUUGGGCAAAAAUGAAGCCACUUCCAUACACGCACUCGUGUAGGCCGGAAGAUGAAGCAGAUUUGGGCCUCCCCAAACGGGACACGGUGUGUAUCAUCAAGAAAAGCCUUUUCUCACACCGCAUCGCUCCUUGUGUAAUUGGUUAUACUGCUGCGCAUAGGCAUACAUAAACAUAAAAGUGCAAUCGAGUGCUCGGUCGCACUACACGCUGCAGCGCGCCAAACGACGCGCUUGCAGGACGACAGUGGUUUCCCUUGUCUACGUCCUCGCAGGAGGAGCUGCUGUGAUGUUUAUCAGCUCCUGUAGUGAUUGAUUCUGAGUUCGUUGAAUAUAUUAAAAGCAGUUGCAUCUGACCCUGCAUGAAACAGUACAAGCACCCGGAACAAAAGUUUUCACCGCGGGGUGGGAGAAAAUUUCCAACUGACACUGACAGCGGUUGACCCGGCUGCUGGAAAGGCACUCACCGAACUGGCGGAGGAGGUAAUAGACGUAUCACAGCGAAAAUUUAGUCCCGUAGCCCCUGUUCCUGAUGAGCUUCAGUGGUAAAUAAGCGAAAAUCGAAAUGCCUUCUAAGCAUAUUAGUCUUUUGAUUCGGGUUCCAAGUAGUCCAUUUUGUGAAACUCGAGAUACGUAGUUUUGCAAAGCUGCAACCAAAAAAAAGUUGCAAGACUGCAAUCAAAGUCGUUUUUCAAAAAAGUAUAAAUCAUAUUUCGACUUGCUGUACCUGUACCAGUGCGCGGAGAACUCUGUGGCCACAGCAGGCCUUUCUGCACUCGAGACGACCCUCAACGUCUCAAGCUGUUGGGCGUAGAAGUUUCUCCUCUGUCUGUAUGUGGAUCAGUUACAGGGCAUCGGGGAUGAUUUCAUGAUCAUGAGACCACGAGACAAAAACCGCCGACGCCAGCGGUGGUGGUUCCUCGACAAAACUGUCCCUGUCCUCCUUCCUUUCUACUCCGACCGCCACUGCGUCUGACGACGCCGUCACACCGCCGGUUGGAAACUCCUUCAUCGUUGAAUCGGACGGGGACAACAUCGCGGAAACGCUGAGCCGCGACAGCACCCCUCCCGGCCUACCCGAACAGGACACGACCGCGGAUCCUGCAGUGGAGGCCGCUGGCGAACAAGAAGGUCCUGUCACGAAUGCCGCAGUUUUGCCGCGGGAUGUUGAGACCACGCAACCUGACUUUCUGGAACGCGGCGCGACUGAACAAGCGGAGGAAGACGAGAAGGACCUUAUCAGCGCGAACGACGUGAGCGAAAAACGUUCUGGCGACCCACCCCUCGACGCGAGCGCGCCUCCCCCUGCUCCCGCUGCGCCGCCGCCUGUCGUCGUGCCGUCUCGCCCGCGGAGCUUUCUGCAGCGGCAAACCACUUAUCAAAUGUGAAAGUGUCUGGGUAUUCUGCAAGGAUGCAAGGUUUGUCAUGCACAUUUUGCAUGAGUCCUGAUGUCCUCUCUGAUGCAUGCCCUAGCAUCACAGAUUUUGUGAGGGCUUUCUGAUGCCUAUACCGCAUGAGAAAUGUCCUCUCGCAAUGGAAAAUAAAACUGAACCGCUUUUGCUGUUCAUGCAAUACAGAUUUUUGUAGAAUCCAGCUGCAGCAUCACAAGUUCGCAUCCUUCCAGACCCAGACAUAUUUGCAGUUGAUACCACUGCUCCGGUCGUCGUUCCGCCGGCGGAGCCCGUCGUCGUGGUGCCGUCACGUUCUUUAUGAAAUUGAAAAGUCCCCCCGCAUGUAAUGCUGAACUACAGGAUGUAAAUGUAUACACUUACGUAUAGUUUCUGGUCGUGCAUUUCAGGUUUCGAAAAGCGAAACUCUUAGAGCUAUGCAGGAGAGCACGUCGAUGAGUCUUGUUGAUACAGAACCACACUGCGUUGCUGGCAACACAGAAUUUCGUUAGCCUGCCUCAAGAAAAUGUUUUAGACGCAGGUGCAAGAUCAGGAAUGUCUCCAUUAGCGAGAUGAGGCCACUUUGCAAUGCAAUUGCUACUGCUCCUUCUAAGUAGUUCUGUGGUAGUACUAGGGGCGCUUUCCAACAGGAUAUUCUCGAAGCUUUCUGCAGCGCCGCACGCCGGAGCCGGACGGAAAAAACAACCCGGCGGGCGAGGAAAACAAGCCGGCGGGAGAUGGUAUUAAUUAUCAAUGCUUUGCUAUUGUUUCUCUUUUUCCUUUACCUUUGGCUUUGCAGCUAUCACCCUUUAUUACAACUUACGAUGAGAAUGGUUGUCUCUUGCCCCCGUUAAGCACCAGCCAUUGCAAAUCUAUUUUUCUUAGUGGUGUCGCCACUUGGGCUCUUUUGCAUGCAAGGAAGAAACGAUCGAAAAAAAAAACGCAUAUACAUAC